AUGUGCUACCGUGUUGGUCUCGUGCUACUGACGGUUGCCUACGUUAUUCCUUCGCCGAUUCAUUACGAUAUCUUACCGUACCGAGCGAAACGUCACAAUGAAAAUUCGUCCACUAUGGCCACAUUCACAGUGGAACGACUGGACGCGCCUAUUGAAAGGAUCGAAAUACGUCUGAUCGAUGAGAAUUCCACAAAUGCCGCUCUGGACACGGCUGCCGCCAGGCCUCAACCACUUCAAUCAGCUGCUGUCGGUACUGGAGAACAUAACGCAGCAAACGCCAUCGACACUAACGCCGAAUCAGCUGAUCAGUACGAUGUGAGGUACAAAAAGGUCGAGUACGUGAGUGACGUUAUGUUGACUCGACAGGACAAUUCACCAACUGAACUGGCUCCAGUACAUUCGAAAGACGGCAACGACAAGGAGAAUUCGCCUGCCACAUCAGCAAAUGAUUCGCCCACACAUGGCGAAGAGCCAGCGGAUGAAAAUGCUUCCAGAGCCAAGGCACGAGCUUGGCUGUCAUUUUCGACUCGAACACCGUCGGACAACGACGAUCUCGAUGUACUUGCCCCAGAAGUCGAAGAGAGUAGCUCGAUGAAAACUUGGCUGAAUUCCAAGAAAUGUGGUGGUAAUGGGUAA